AUGGAGAUCACAAACCCGAAACGGAUCCUCGCCCUCGCGGCCCACGACCGCCAAGACGACCUCGCACGCUUCCUCGGCGCCCUGACGGGCACAACGCCGGAACCCUCGGCCGCCGCGUCGGCGACGCCCUCGCUCGCCGGCACCUCGCACGUCCUGCCGCUGACGACGUCCUACUACACGGCCACGGUGCCCGUCUGGCUCGACCUCGUCGCCGACGCCGACGGCGCUGAAGACGAGGACUGGGCCGCCUCGUUCCUGGCGCCCGAGGCCCGCGAGGUCCUCGACGCGCUCGGCGGCAUCGUCGUCGUGUUGCCUGUCACGCGCGGCGUCGCGGCUGCGCGGGGGCUCGUCGAGCAGGUUGGCCGCGUUGUCCGGGAGGGGCUCGGGGGGUGGGGGUGGGACGGGGUCGGGCUUGCGGUUGGUGUUGGGGCCGGCGGCGGGGAGGCCGAGGGGGAGGCGGAGCAGGGCGAGUGGGAGGACCUGUGCGGGCGCCGCUGGGUUGGAGUUUGUGCGGGUUGCGCGGGAGUCCUCGAAGCGCUCGAGGCCAACGACUGGGACCAGGGCGACAUACCCUCCGACCUCGAGGACGACUUUGGCAGCCUCGAGGACGGCAGAGACGACCCCGAGAGCCUCGACUUCGGCGUCGACAGGGCCGACUUUGAGGGUCUGCGGCAGGCGAUAUGGGGCCUCGACACGGAGCCGCGGGCCGACGGCGACGUCGACAGCAACGGCGACGGCGAGGCCAGGGGCAGCGGUGCGCAGGACGAGCCGCUGGACGAGGCGACCGAGGUCGAAAAGCUCGAGAGCAUGAUGCGCAAGCUGCAGGCCGUGCGGGACAUGAGCGCCGGCUUGCCGGAGGAGCAGCGGAAGAAGAUGGCGGCCAAGGCCGUGAACGAGGUGAUGAAGGAUCUGUAG